AAGGCUUGCUGUACAGGUACAAGUCUUAGCGCGCGGUUGAGUGAAAAAUAAAGCGGCGGGUUUGUCUUCAACAGGACCAGCUACACAAGAUUGUUUAAAUAACUUGACGUGGCCCGUUUUACUGUUUUAUACAUUCACUAUAAACCUUCAUGCAAGCCAAGCACUAGUUAGUCUGUCAGGUGUUAUAAAAUUUAUACAGGAGGAGCAAAAUAUUUUAUUUUACUUUUAUGGCGCGCCUAUUCCCUUCCUUGAUAGAUCUAUUUGGCUAAGUAUGAUGACAUACACGUAAAUGUCAAAGCGGCUUUGUACAAUGUUGAUUAUGUUUAUUGAACGUUCUACUUCAGAGGGCCACUAAUUAAAAAAACUGAAAACCUGCGAACGACUUUGUCCAAUAUGCCUUUUCUUUUCAGCUGUAUUCUGCAAGGAGUAACGUGUUACAUCUGAUCAAGCAAACAUGGACAAGUUGGGCACGGAUUGGUUCAACGACAACGUCGGAGAGACAAGAGAUGAACUGGACAAGAUUGUGAAGAGCAAAGAUGGCAAAGCACUCCGCGCCGUGGUGGAUUUCCUGUGCGCAUGCCUGGAUGCUUCUACUAGAAGACACUUUGAAGAAUUUCGUAGUGUUCUCCUAGACAACCUGGUCAAGUGGAAGGGUCAUGACCAGGAAGUGUGCGAGGUUCUGGAUAAAUUCUACUUUGUUAAAGAGAAAAAGGAAGCUGAUGACGUGUUCUACAACUCAAAGUUGGAGGAUGCGGUUGGAGGGCUGUUGGAGAGAUCAAAACAUUGCCAUAAGAAGAUCUGGCCCAACGUGGUGAAUCUUCUUGUGUUUGCCCUGAACAAAGGCUCGGAGACACACUUGAACCUGUUGAGGGGAAUCCUCCGCGCAGACGGCAUCCAGGACAGGUUAAAUAAGAUGAGUGAUGCGGAGGUGAAGAGGGUGACGGAUGCCUUCUUUGAGCUGAUAAAAACGGAGACAUUCGACCCUACCACACACAUAGGCUGUGACGUCACGAGCUGGCUGUGCGGAUACAUCGCAGAGAGUGCGAAGAGCACAGAGAGUGUGAAAAAGAUGUCAGAAAUCAUCGACUACUGCUCGGGGAAGGAACUGUUCGAAGAAGAUGAUCCAACCGAGAUAACUGCCUACGGGAUAGCAAUCAGGACCCUGCUAUCUGAUUUUAUCAGCAAGAAUACGAGCAAUGCCGAGCUCCUGAUGAUAGUGACGCCUGGAUUUGUCCGCAUCAUGGCCAACGAAGAAGUCUCGGAGGAGAUGGAAAUAUCCAGCAUGGUCAGGCAGUUCACACAGCAGGGAGAGGUCCUGGCUCCACACGCCGAGCAACUCCUGCACGCCUUCCUCACCUGCGAUGCCUUGGAAAUCGCUGACGUGCUGCCGGCCGUGUACAAGCACAACCCUGAGCCUAUCAAGAAACGCCUUCCUGAAAUAGUGGAGAAGAUGGACGACAUUGAUUCCGACGUACACUACAGCUUCUAUAGUCUUUUCCAUGAAGUGUCAAAGGACGAUCCUCAAAUCCUUAUGCCAUACGUGGAAAAGGUGGAAGAGGGUUUGGACGACUUGCCGUGCAUGCCAUAUGCACUACAAGCCAUGAAAGAGCUCUGCAAAUACGACACCAAACCCUUCCUGGACAAGAUUGACGCUUUAGAGAAGGCAUAUAAAUCUCAACCAAUGAUGUGCUACUUAAUCUACGAGGUUGAGUCGCUUAUAGGUUUAUACAAUGAGGAGUACGCAGAGCGAGUUAUGGCCCUGUUCACGCCCAAGCUGAAAAAAGGCGAAGUCAUGUACCAAAGCUCUCUACUGAUGUUCAUGAAGACCGUGGGCGGUAAGUACAAGUCCGUGCUGGAAAAACGGAGGGCGAACAUCAAGGCUCUACUGAAAAGCAGCCAAGCAGGGGUUCCCGACAUGGCCCAGGGUAUACUGGACUACCUUGAUGAUAGAAGCCUUUUGACUUUGGACCAGGACAUCAAAGAGCAGAAAGAGGAAGUGGACAAACUGGACCAACGAGUUACACACACAGAGGAAAAGGUGGAAGACCUACAGGAUGACGUGUCGGACCAGCGGCAGCAGCUGGGGGAGGUGAAGGAGGACGUUCAGCAGCAGGGAGAGAAGCUGACGGAGCUGGAGCACGUGGUGGACGAGACGGUGGAGAAAGUGGAGGAGAUAGACCACAAGACGCUUAGCGCUGCCCCUGCGUGGUCCCGUGACGUGUCCCUGUUGAUGAAUGAGGAAGGUGACUAUGACUGGAGGUUCCUGGCGGUCCGGCUCGGCUACGGGCCCGAGGACAUCCGGGCCUGGGCUACCAACGCCGACCCGACCAUGGCCAUGCUCAACGAAUGGUACAACACCCACCGCAGCAGCGAGGCCACCUACGCCGUGCUGAAGUCCCUACAAGAGAUGGGCCGGACAGACGCCGCGGAAAUCAUCGAGACCGCCAUGGAGGAGGCAGGCGCAGCUGUACCCAAACCAGCGGCUGACGAGCCCACCAACCCGCCUCCUAUCUUCAUCAGCUACCAGUGGGACAUUCAGGACCAGGUCAAACUCAUCAAGGAACAUCUGCAGAUGGCUGGGUACGAGAGCUGGAUGGAUAUAGGACAAAUGGGUGGAGGAGACCAGCUGUACGCGAAGAUAGACAAGGGCAUGCGGGGAGCUAAGGUUGUUCUGGCCAUGGUCACGCCCAAGUACGCCGAGUCUACCAACUGUAACCAUGAGAUCAACCUGGCGAACCUGCUGAACAAACCCAUCAUCCCCCUCCUGGUGGAGAACACGCCCUGGCCGCCGCCUGGAUCCAUGAGCAUGAUUUUUUCUCAGCUCCUGUACAUCAUGUUUCACGGUGCCAGUUCCAGUUCCGGUAAAUUCUGGCCUGAUUCCAGCUUCUACGAGUUGUUAGGACAGCUGGCCUAUUAUUCUGCACCGGACCAGAGCCUCGUCACUGAUGAAUACAGAGAUUGGACACCAAGUGUGGAGAAAAAGGAGGACAAAGAGAGCAGCCCAGAAAGCGAGUCUGCAAAGAAGGAGACGAAGUCCAGUCCACCAGUAGAAGAAAAGGAAGAAGAGCCUGUGGUGAACCCGGAAGUGUUCCUGUCCUACCAGUGGGGUCACCAGCCGCAGGUGAAGGCCCUGUACAGCCAGCUGACGUCACAAGGUUUCACCUGUUGGAUGGACAUACAGCAGAUGGGAGGAGGAGAUGCGCUGUACGGCAAGAUUGACAAGGGCAUCAGGAGUGCCAAGGUUGUUGUUUCCUGUGUCACUCCAAAAUACACGCUCUCCGCGAACUGCCGAAGGGAGGUCAGCCUCGCUGACGCAUUGCGCAAGCCCAUAGUGCCUCUGCUACUGCAGAACACGUCCUGGCCGCCAGAGGGCCCCAUGAGCAUGGCGUUCACAGAACUGUUGUACAUCGACUGCAGGGAUGAACGCACUCAGAACGACUGGGACGGUGCCAAAUUUGAAGAGCUGGUGCAACAGGUGUCCAUCCACGCCACCCCGAAUCCUGAGCAUUCCAUUUCUCAACCACUCGCGACAAAAACACCAACGGACACACAGACAGUUGCGGUAGAAACUAACGAAAAAGAUGACGAAGAUUCAAAGGAAACAGAUGGCUCACUCAAUGCAAGUGGAAACAACAAAACAGAGGACUUGCCACAUCCAAAGCCCGUUGUGAGAAAUGUUCCAAACGAGAAGACAGCGAAGACUACACAAAACGUACAGCCAGCACCCAGCGGCAACGUGGAACACGCCGAAAAUAAUUCUGACAAAAAGUUGAAGAAAAAGUCCAAAACCUGUUCCAUAUUAUGAUACGUAUAUGAUAUUUGUGCAGAUGAUAAUAAGAUUGCAAUAUUGAGGUUGACACAUGCUGGAAAUAUUUCCAGAUUACGUUUGUACUUUUAUGAUUAUAUUUGAAUGUAAAUAAAGAAAUAAACUAAUUUGGUAUUAUAAA